CUGAGGGAGGAGGGGCUGGGGACCCGAUUCCUGGGUCCGAGGGAGGAGAGCUGGGGGCUCGGACUCCUGGGUGUGCGGAAGCAGAGGGAUGGAGACUCCUAGGAAGGGGCUGGAAUCUGGUACGGGGAGGUCCUCAGGAGGGUAGGAGCUUGGAGUGGGAGUCCUGAGUUUGGGAAAGAGUGGCUGGGGAUGAGAAAUAUUGACCUCCCCAUCCUGGGGACAGAAUCCGAACUUUGGACUGGAAAGGCCGGGGCUGAGAUCCAGCACGGGUGUUUCCAAAGCGCGGACAGGACGAGAGUGAACAAAGAUGAAGCCAGUGUCCCUGGGUGUUGAGAGCACAUGCUGGGGUUUUGGGGCACCAUCCCCCGUCUGUAGAGUGAUGGGGCGUGGUGCUCCACCUGGAGGUGGGGAGAGGGUGGGGUGUGGCCCGGGGAGUUCUGAGCUGUGCCGAGAAGCCGUAGGGGUGUUCCUCUCCCUCCUGCGAGUCCGUCCUCGCAUUCCUGAGCUGUGUCUCAGACGACCCUGAAGGUGGCCCCAGAGCGAACCCGCCUUCCCUCUCAGGAGCUUUGGCCCGUCCUCUUCCUCCUGGGCGGCCCCGACUUCCUCCUAACGGAUCCUGGAGGGAGGGGCGUGAAGGAGGCACCUUCCAGGUGGCCGGGACACCUGUUUUCCUGGAGGUGGUUGGAGGUGUCUGACCUCAUCCGCCUGCGCAGCCGGCUCCUUCUCCCUGCGGAUCCUCCGCUAAGACCGCCGCCAUGCCAGUGACAGUGACCCGCACGACCGUCACGACCACCUCGACGUCAUCUUCAGGCCUGGGCUCCCCGACCAUCCUGGGGUCCCCUCGGUCACUGACCCAGCCCCUGGGCCUCCUCCGGCUGCUCCAGCUGCUCUCCACCUGUGUGGCCUUCUCGCUGGUAGCCAGCGUGAAUGCUUGGGUAGGGUUCGCAGGUAACUGGUGUAUGUUCGCCUGGUGCUUCUGCUUCGCCGUGACCCUCGUCAUCAUCCUCGUGGAGUUAGGCGGGCUCCAGGCUCGCUUCCCACUGUCCUGGCGCAACUUCCCCAUCACCUACGCCUGCUACGCCGCCCUCUUCUGCCUCUCGGCCUCCGUGAUCUACCCUACCACCUACGUCCAGUUCUUGAAUCACGGCCGCACGAGGGACCAUGCCAUUGCGGCCACCGCCUUCUCCUGCAUCGCGUGCGUGGCUUAUGCCACCGAGGUGGCCUGGACCCGGGCCCGGCCUGGUGAGAUCACUGGCUACAUGGCCACGGUGCCAGGCCUGCUCAAGGUGGUCGAGACCUUCGUGGCCUGCAUCAUCUUUGCCUUCAUCAGCGAUGUCUACCUGUACAAGAACAAGCCGGCCCUGGAGUGGUGCGUGGCUGUCUACGCCAUCUGCUUCAUCCUGGCCGCGGUGGCCAUCCUGUUAAACCUAUUCGACUGCACCAAUGUGCUACCCAUCCCCUUCCCCAGCUUCCUGUCCGGGCUGGCCCUGCUCUCUGUCCUCUUCUAUGCCUCUGCCAUGGUCCUCUGGCCUCUCUACCAGUUCGACGAGAAGUACGGCGGCCAUCCACAGCGGCGCCAGGAUUCUGGCUGCCGGAGCAGCAACGUCCACUACGUGUGUGCCUGGGACCGCCGCCUGGCUGUGGCCAUUUUGACGGCCAUCAACCUGCUGGCUUAUGUGGCCGACCUGGUGUACUCGGCCCGCCUGGUUUUUGUCAGGGUCUGAGACUCUGUCCAGGAGCUCCCAAUUCCCUCUUCUUUCUGGAGGUGUCUUUACCCAGUUCUGAUGUCCUCUGAUGUCCUCUUCCUGGGACCCUUCUCCUCCCCUUCGCUCUCCUUCUCACUCAGCUCUCUUGUUUCCUUCACUUGCUCUUCUCUGUCCUGUACUCUCUGUUCCCUUCCCUUCCUUGGGUUGCCCACAUUCUGCUUAGCUUUUUUCUCUCUGCACUCUUUUCUACUUAGUCUGCCGUCCGGUCCUUUCCUGGCCAUCCAUCCUAUUUGUUUUCUCAUCACUUCUUCCCAUUUUCCUUCUUCCUAUUUCCUUGGGAGCCCUGAGACUUCUUUGUUUGCCCCAUCCCCCACCCCCCUGCCACACCCAACUCCAAAGGUGCUGAGCUCCACAUCCCACACCCUCCUAGCAGCUGUUCAGCCCCUGGGCCUCCUGAAGGGCCUCAUUGCCAAAGCAUGUGCCCACCCUGGCUGUGCCUUAGUAGGUAUGUGUGUGUGUGUAUGUAUGUGUGUGUGUUUGGGGGGUGGGUGGGUAGCUAGGAACUGGGCCCCCUUUCUCACAGUGGAAGGGGGUGUACAGUGCACCUCCCCUUUAAAUGAAAAAAAAAACAAAACAAAAAAUCCUUGGCGGUCAAUCAAUUUCAGCGGGUGAAAGGCUUACAUCACAGACCCUGGGUCCUUCAGCCCCACCUGGCACCCAGCCUCGCCUGAGAUUGGCUCCAGAAUUUUUACCAGGCUUCCUAAAAACCCCUGCCUAGAGAUCAUCUUAAAGGAACCAUCCCAACUACUCUGUGGGUAUCAAGAUUUCUGAAGUAUUUGUGAGGGGCAGGGAUGUGGGGCUCCAUCCUCGGUAUUAAAAUGAGCACGUACUGCCUUUGCUGGGAGAACAAAAUGGCCAUUGUUGGCCUCACCGGGAAUGGUAGUCAGGGUGUUUUCCUUUCUCCUGCCUGUCACCAGAGCAAAAAUUACUGGGUGGUCCUAUUCUUAAAGGGGAAGUUUCUUCUCCAUUUUUAAAAAAAAAUUUGUGGGUGGGUUGGGUAGGUGGGGAUCACUGCCGCCAUAGAGGAACUGCUUGAGUGUGUGAUACACACGUGUGUGUUUCUGUGUGCUAGUUGCUUCCUGCUGCUGCUUCCUGCUUCUCGGGGACUCACACGCGUAACAUGAUAUAUAUAUAAAUGUAUAAAUAUAUAUUUUAUUUUUUUUUAAUUCCCUGGAGCUUCUGGUUCCCAUCAGUCCUUGCUGUCAAGUAUAGAGGGAAGCCUUCCCCCUCCCCCCACAUCCAUAAUGUUCUUUAUUUUAUUUUUUACCUCAAUAUAAAGAUAAAAGGAAGAGAUGUACUUGCUUUAUUGUUGGGGAGGGCUCCAGGAGAGAGGGCAAGGCCCAGAUUUCCUGAGUCUGGUGGGAGAAGCGGGGGUGGGGCCAAGACAACUUAGGCCUCAUCAGAACAACACUAGCUGAGCCUAAUUACUCUCUCAAACCAGGAGAGCUCGUUAGGAUAGAAAUGAAUAAGAGUCCUCCAUCCCUGGAGUCCCAUGAACACCUGAGAAAUACAAGGUCCCAAUCUGAGAGCAGUAUCUUUCCUCCAAAAUCGCGUCUUCCAGGUUCCCCAUCUCAGUAUCAGCUGAGAACCCAGGCACUGGUUCUUACCGGCUCCUCUCUCAGCUGCUACUCAAACACUGCCUAUUCUUCCUCCUAAAUGCUAUUUAUAUCUGUCCCCUUCUCCAGGUUGUUGACCCUGCUCAGGUUUCAUUUUGUUGCACCCCAGUUAUUGCCUCAAUCUCCUUGACCAUCCUCCCUCCAGCCCACCCUGGCCCUGAGGGUGUUUCCAACAUCCAGGUGGGAUCCUGCCCUCCCCUGCUCACAUCCUUCCAUAUCCCUCUCCACCUCGCCCAUAGGCGGCAACACCAAAGCCCUUCAGUCCA